CUCUCACGUAACAUUUUAUUUUCUGUCUCAUUCAUAUCAUACUGGGUUUGUAUGAUCCGUCCGCCCGUCCUUAAAAAAAAAAAAAAAACUAGCGAGAGAGAGAGAGGGAAUGCCUCUUCUCUGCCACCCACCUUAGCUCUUCAGAUUCCGCUCCCCGUCUCGCCAACUUCACGUCUCGACCCCAGGGACCUUGGGUUCCGGCGAUCUUCCUCGAGCCCGAGAUCUUUCGAUCGGAGGUAUGAUCGCAAAGACAUUGUAUAUUACGUUGCUAGUUGCAAGGAAGAAACUCCCAUCUCCAGUAGGCCCUAUCAACCUGCUGGCUAAACUAAAUCUCAGCUAAUGUGGUGGAAGUAUGAUCAAGAAGCUCACAAGCCUGGUUGAAUGACAUGCCAAAAGUAUCAUCAUUUUAUCACAAGGCUUUUAUAAUUUCUCACUCAAACACUACCUAGUUGGUUGCCAAAAACCAUGAAUCAACCUGCAAACUGACAAUAUCUGCAUCAUAUCCAAUCAUAUACAUAGCAGGGCUUAAGGAGGAUGAUCAGAAAGAUAUACAGUGGGAUCAUACACCGAGUUUGUUGAGGAAAGCAUCACAAUGUAUGUAACAUUCUGAAGAAGUUAUUGAAUUCUAGAGUCAAUGAAGUGUUCAAUAAGAAGAGGAUUAUGAUAAUCUAAAUGAUGUUCGGUGAAGUGGUAGUAAAGCCUUUGUGCCGAGAAUUCUUAUGAAAGAAUUGAUUGUUCAUGGUAUGUGAAAAACUCCAUUACCACCAAGUUGGAAGCUUUGGCUGGAACUGUUAACUUUUCAGAUGAAAUAAAUCGACUCGGAUCAAAACUGAUGAAAACUUGCUUGGUUUUCAAGUUUUUGGUUGAUUAGAAUGCAUAUGGAUGUUUGGUUGCAACGAAUUUCAGGUAAUGGCAACGUUUGAGUUAUACCGGAGGUCCUCGAUUGGCAUGUGCUUGACAGAGACCCUAGAUGAGAUGGUCUCUAAUGGGACUUUAAGCCCAGAGCUUGCUAUCCAAGUACUGGUGCAGUUUGAUAAGUCAAUGACGGAGGCCUUGGAAACCCAAGUGAAGAGCAAGGUUUCUAUCAAGGGACACCUGCACACCUACAGGUUUUGUGACAAUGUCUGGACCUUCAUCUUACAGCGUGCAACAUUCAAGAAUGACGAAUGUCCUGAACAAGUCGGGAGAGUGAAGAUUGUAGCUUGCGACUCCAAGUUGCUUACUCAAUGAGUGCCCCUACAUGUUAUCUUGCACUCUUACUUUUGGAUUUGCAAGUACCAAUCCUGCAGCUGAACCAAUAUACUAGGGUAUGUUUUUUACAUGCUCUUGACAUAGAUAUUCGCAGGAAUUUAAGUAAUUGCACUGUGAAUGCAUCUUUUGCAUUAUUACACAUAGUGUUGGGGGGCCUAUCUAGGCAUCCAUUGACUCCACUCGGUUGGAAAUAUCCAUGGCAAAUGGCAAUGGUUAACCUAGUUGUACCUGUUGGACCUUAACCUAGUUCUCUAUUGGUGAUCUAAUGAAUAACACAAAUUAAUUAAGAUGAAA